UUGUGCAAAUAGAAAAAUAUAAUAUAAUAAAUGUGACUGAAUUACUUGCUUCUUACUAGUUCACUACUUAUGACAACGAUUAGUCUAAUAAUAUGCUAGUUGUUAUUAAAAGCUCCAAAACAGACUGUAAGCAAGACAUCGUUACUCCAACAUGAAGCUUGUGCAUCGGAAUAUAACAAAGGAUUCAUCAGGCCAAGUGACUCUCAUUCCAGAAGAUGGGGAGGAUAUGUGGCAUGCUUAUAAUAUUAUCCAAGCUGGAGAUAGUUUGAGAUCAACCACAGUUCGUAAGGUUCAAGUCGAAUCGAAUACUGGUAGUGUUGGAAGUAGCAGAGUACGGACAACAUUGACAAUCACUGUGGAAGCAUUGGACUUUGAUUUCCAAGCAUGUGUUCUUCGGGUGAAAGGAAGAAAUAUUGUGGAAAAUCAGUUUGUCAAGAUGGGUGCAUAUCAUACUCUUGAUUUGGAAGUCAACAGAAAGUUUACACUUGCAAAAAAAUGUUGGGACAGUGUGGUGUUAGAUAGAAUAGAUGCUGCUUGUGAUCCAACUCAAAAUUCUGAUGUUGCUGCUAUCGUAAUGCAGGAAGGUAUUGCACAUGUUUGCCUUGUAUUAGCGAGUAUGACUUUAGUGCGAGCAAAAAUAGAAAUGCAGAUACCUCGUAAGAAAAGAGGCAGCUCGCAACAGCAUGAUAAGGGUGUUGAAAAGUUUUUUGAUUCUGUAUUGCAAGCUAUUCUGCGGCAUGUAAAUUUUGAUGUUGUUAAAUGUGUUCUUGUUGCGAGCCCAGGAUUUGUAAAAGAUCAAUUUUUUGAAUAUAUGUUCAAUUAUGCUGUGAAGACUGACAAUAGGGUUCUUAUUGAAAAUAAAUCAAAGUUUUUGUUGAUACAUGCUUCGUCGGGUUUCAAGCAUUCUUUAAAAGAAGUUUUAAGUGACCCUUCUGUAAUUGCGAGACUGGCAGAUACAAAAGCAGCAGCUGAAAUACGUGCCAUGGAAUCAUUUUAUAAGAUGCUCCAACAGGAACCAGACCGAGCGUAUUAUGGUGAAAAGGAAGUGGAAAAAGCUAGCAAGGUUCAAGCAAUUGAUACUUUACUGAUUUGUGAUUCAUUACUUAGAACUCACGAUGUUGCCAAACGCAGACGACUCAUUGAAAUUGUUGAUUCAGUCCGUGAAAAUGGUGGAACUGUGCGGAUGUUUUCAUCUAUGCAUAUAACAGGAGAACAAUUGGCGCAACUGACUGGUAUUGCUGCAAUGCUGCGUUUUCCUGUUCCUGACCUGACUGACGACGAAUCAUCAUCAGAAGAGGAUGAAUGAAUUAUUUUUUAAAAUUUAUCUUUCUUUCUGAUAUAAUGUUAUUUAUUGUAAUGCAAUUAAAUGCAAUCUUGGAAUAUGUGAUC